AUGUCUUCUAGUUCGGAGACUGGGGAUUUACAGGAAUCUCUAAAGCACGGGCUCACACCUAUUGGUGCUGGGCUUCCGGACCGACACGGACCCCCUACCCCGGCCCGCGGCCGCCUUGUCAUGCUGCCCAAAGUGGAGACGGAAGCCCUGGGACUGGCUCGGUCGCAUGGGGAACAGGGGCAGAUGCCGGAAAACAUGCAAGUGUCUCAGUUUAAAAUGGUGAAUUACUCCUAUGAUGAAGAUCUGGAAGAGCUCUGCCCGGUGUGUGGAGACAAAGUGUCUGGGUACCAUUAUGGGCUCCUCACCUGUGAAAGCUGCAAGGGCUUUUUUAAGCGAACCGUCCAAAAUAAUAAAAGGUACACGUGUAUAGAAAACCAGAACUGCCAAAUUGACAAAACACAGAGAAAACGUUGUCCUUACUGUCGAUUUCAAAAAUGUCUAAGUGUUGGAAUGAAGCUAGAAGCGGUCAGGGCCGACCGAAUGCGCGGCGGCAGGAAUAAGUUUGGGCCCAUGUACAAGAGGGACAGAGCCCUGAAGCAGCAGAAAAAGGCCCUCAUCCGAGCCAACGGACUCAAGCUGGAAGCCAUGUCCCAGGUGAUCCAAGCUAUGCCCUCGGAGCUGGGCAUCUCGUCUGCGAUCCAGAACAUCCACUCGGCCUCCAAAGGCCUGCCUCUGAGCCACGCUGCCUUGCCUCCCACAGACUUCGACAGAAGCCCCUUCGUCACGUCGCCCAUCAGCAUGACCAUGCCGCCGCACGGCAGCCUGCAGGGCUACCCGCCGUACGGCCACUUCCCCAGCCGGGCCAUCAAGUCCGAGUACCCCGACCCCUACGGCAGCUCGCCCGAGUCCGUGCUGGGCUACUCCUACGUGGACGGCUACCAGACCAGCUCCCCGGCCAGCGUCCCGCACCUCAUCCUGGAGCUGCUCAAGUGCGAGCCCGAGGAGCCCCAGGUCCAGGCCAAGAUCGCGGCCUACCUGCAGCAGGAGCAGGCGGGCCGCGGCAGGCACGAGCGGCUCAGCACGUUCGGGCUCAUGUGCAAGAUGGCCGACCAGACGCUCUUCACCAUCGUGGAGUGGGCCCGCAGCAGCGUCUUCUUCCGGGAGCUCAAGGUGGAUGACCAGAUGAAGCUUCUUCAGAACUGCUGGAGUGAGCUCUUAAUUCUCGACCACAUUUACCGACAAGUGGUCCACGGAAAGGAAGGGUCCAUCUUCCUGGUUACCGGGCAACAAGUGGACUAUUCUGUCAUCGCCUCGCAAGCGGGGGCCACACUCAACAACCUCAUGAGUCACGCACAGGAGCUGGUGGCCAAGCUUCGUUCUCUGCAGUUUGAUCAACGAGAGUUUGUGUGUCUGAAAUUCUUGGUGCUGUUUAGUUUAGAUGUCAAAAACCUUGAGAACUUCCAGCUGGUGGAAGGGGUCCAGGAGCAAGUCAACGCUGCCCUGCUGGACUACACCAUGUGCAACUACCCGCAGCAGACAGAGAAGUUCGGGCAGCUGCUCCUCCGGCUGCCCGAGAUCCGGGCCAUCAGCCUGCAGGCGGAGGAGUACCUCUACUACAAGCACCUGAAUGGGGACGUCCCUUACAACAACCUCCUGAUUGAGAUGCUGCACGCCAAAAGAGCUUAGCCGCAGCCCCAGGGCGCCAGCGUCCAGAACAGAGAGAGAUGGGGGGGGCGGGGGGGCCAGGAGGAAAGGG